GCUAUAUUUGUCACGACACGGGUGAGAAGGGAUGCGCUCCUGAGGGUUUUUCUUCACCCCAAACUUCUGAAUUGCGUGUUCAUGCGUGAACACUCCAUCUCAUUUGUUGGACGAUGGCAAAUACAUUUUCUGUCGUCUCUCUCGUCGGCAUCAUUUUUGCGGUCAGCAGGGUGACAGCUAUUGAACACAGGUUUAUGCCUGACCCUCCAACACUCAGCAUCCCAGACAAGGUUUAUAAAAUGAAUGCUUCAGACACACUAGAGCUCACCUGUCGGGGUCGUCAGUAUCUGAAGUGGACUACUCCACACAACCGCACAAACACAGAUAAUCGGGUCACCACUGCUGACUGUAGCGGGGACGGGUUCUUCUGUACAUCUCUAAUCUUAACUGCAGCGACUGCCAAUGAAACAGGAGAAUAUCGGUGUUCCUACAUAAACAUGCCGAAAGAGGACGAGAAGACGUCUGUGGCUGUUUAUGUUUUUGUACAAGACUACAAGAUGCCGUUCGUGCGUUCUGCUCAGGACUAUGAUGUAGUAUUUAUCCGGGAGGGAGAGCAGGUUGUUAUUCCGUGUCUGGGCUCCAUGGAAGAUCUCAGUGUUACACUUCACACGAAAUAUCCUGUAAAGGAACUUGUUCCUGAUGACAAGGAGAUCUUUUGGGACAGCAGGAGAGGUUUCAUCUUGCCCAGUCAUGUGAUCAGUUAUGCUGGAGUGGUAUAUUGUCAAACCCGUUUACAAAAUGAAACCUUCGUCUCCUCUCUCUACAUUGUUGCUGUUGUUGGAUACAAGAUCUAUGACCUAACUCUGAAUCCUCACGACGAAAGGCUUUCUGUGGGAGAGCGGUUGGUACUCAACUGCACAGCCCAUACUGAGCUCAAUGUUGGCAUUGAUUUCAAGUGGACUUUUCCUCAUGACAAGCGGAUGGUUAAUGGUUCCCGAUCACACUCUGAGAGAUCUUAUAAGAAGAAGCUGUGGAACUCUCUAGAACUGUCUAAUGCUCUGAUUGUGGAAAACGUGACUGUGAAUGACACGGGAGAGUACACAUGCACAGCCUCCAGUGGUCAGAUGAUCAAGACUAGCAGGGCCUAUGUGAUAGUCUAUGAAAAGCCUUUUAUACAACUGAAAGAUAAUCCAGUUCAGACUGUGGAGGUGAUUGCUGGACAGCAGGAGAUUAAAAUACAUGUUAAAUACGAUGCCUAUCCGGAACCUUCUGUGAAAUGGUAUAAGGAUGGUGUGCUGAUAUCGAGGAAAGAUGAGUACAGACUGAAGCCAGCUAAAGACUCGCUAAUCAUUUUGGGAGUAACAGAAAAGGAUGCUGGGAAUUAUACGGUGGUCAUGACAAAUAAACAAACCAAAGAGGAGUGUAGCCAAUCGUUUCAACUCGUGGUUAAUGUGCACCCUAAGAUCUUUGAGAGGGAGAUGGCAUUGGAUACAGAUGUCCAUAUGUAUGGCAGCAGUCCCAUCCUCAGGUGCACAUCCCGUGGGGGGCCCAGUAUCCAGUGGCAGUGGAUGUCUAAAGAAGACUGUCCAAAUAUGUUUCGGCAUGGUGUGCCCAGGUCAGGACAGUUUUACAAGGACUGUAAAAAAUGGCAGGACAUUUCCAAUUACACAGGCGAAUACACCAUCUCAUUUAACGACCGCAUGCCCAAGACUGUUAGCACACUGAAGAUCAAGAAGGCUGCAGAGCAUGCUCUCUUUAAAUGCAUUGCCUCCAACAAAAUUGGUCAAGAUGAGCGAGUCGUCGUUUUCCAAGUGACACGUGGUCUGGACCUGAAUGUGUUGCCCUCUAAGGAGCCCAUUGAAGAGGACAAUGUUGUUCUGAGGUGUAUUGCAGAUCAGCUGCAGUACAGAAACCUCACCUGGUACAAGCUAAACGUUUCCAAAACCGAGGCCUUUCCCCUCGCUGUGCCAUGUCGUAUCCUCCAACUGCCCUCUGUUCCCCUACUCAAAGCUCAAUCAUUAGUCCAUCAGGGUGCCAAUGCUACACUGGAACUGUUUCUGGAAAAUGCCUUGCCCCAGGACGAGGGCCUCUAUGUCUGUCAGGUGGAGAAUGUGGCCACCAGAGAGAGAACUUGCCUGCUCCACAACCUCACACUCAAAGCUCUGGAGGCUCCAAAGAUCCUGACCAACAUGGCUGACCUGAAAGUAAAUGUUAGUAACACGAUUACACUGACGUGUGAAGUGAGCGGAACUCCAAACCCAACUGUAACGUGGACCAAAGAUAACAAAACAGUCAUAGAGGGUUCUGGUGUGAUUUUGAGCCAAUCAAACCAUAUUUUGAUGAUCCAGCGAGUGAAAAAGGACGACUGCGGUCUGUACACCUGCACAGCCUGUAACCGAGUGGGCUGUAAUGCCAGUCGGACCUAUCUUACCGUGGAAGGGGCAGAGGAGAAGAUGAAUGUGGAGCUGAUCGUACCUAUUGGUUCUGUGGUCAUCGCAAUGUUCUUCUGGCUCCUCAUUGUCUUUGUCAUCCGCAGUCGAAAACGGCCAAGUGACGGAGAACUGAAGACUGGCUACCUGUCAAUCAUCUUAGACUCUGAAGAUAUGCCAAUGGACGAGCACUGUGAAAGACUGACCUACGAUGCAAAUAAGUGGGAAUUCCCACGGGACAGGCUCAAGCUAGGGGAACCUCUGGGACGAGGAGCGUUCGGUCAGGUGGUCGAAGCUGCCGCGUUUGGCAUUGAGAAAGCCACGACCUGCACCACCGUGGCUGUGAAGAUGCUGAAGGAGGGUGCAACCUCCAGUGAAUACAGAGCCCUCAUGUCAGAGCUGAAGAUUCUCAUCCACAUUGGCCACCAUCUGAAUGUGGUCAACCUGCUUGGAGCCUGUACCAAACCAGGAGGACCACUGAUGGUAAUUGUGGAGUACUGUAAGCAUGGAAAUCUCUCUAGUUACUUGAAGAGUAAACGUGGAGAGUACUGUCCCUACAAGAAACGUAGCCCGAAACUGUCAGACAAGGCUCUAAUAAGAGAGGACCUGACUGAAGGAGAUCUGGGUUUGGGCACCGUCGCUCAACUCGACAUCUGUACUGGGACUGCUGUCUGCUCCAAAGUCAGAGAGGAGUGGUCAGUCAGCCACCUGGAUGAAGAAGAAGAGUCUUCUGACUGGAAUCCUCUUACAAUGGAGGAUCUGAUCAGCUACAGUUUCCAAGUGGCCAGAGGCAUGGAAUUCCUUGCCUCUAGAAAGUGUAUUCACCGGGACUUGGCAGCCAGGAACAUCCUACUCUCUGAAAAUAAUGUAGUGAAGAUAUGUGACUUUGGAUUGGCCAGAGACGUCUACAAAGACCCCGACUAUGUCCGCAAAGGCGAUGCACGUCUGCCUCUCAAGUGGAUGGCUCCUGAGACCAUCUUUGACCGUGUCUACACCACUCAGAGUGAUGUGUGGUCUUUUGGGGUGUUACUCUGGGAGAUCUUCUCUUUGGGGGCUUCUCCUUAUCCCGGUGUGAGCAUCGAUGAAUCGUUUUGUCGAAGACUGAAGGAAGGAACCAGGAUGAGGGCUCCUGACUACGCCACCCCUGAGAUAUAUCAGACUAUGCUGGACUGCUGGCUGGAUCGACCCACAGACAGACCAACGUUCACUGAGCUGGUGGAGCAUUUGGGAAACCUGCUCCAAGCCAGUGUUCAAAUGGAUGGAAAGGAUUAUAUACCCCUGACGGUGGAGCAGGUGGAGGGGGGGUCAGGGGCUCCACAUCACCGAGCCACAGUCACUGAACCCUCAGAGGAGGAGAACACUGUGGUUCAGCUUCACUAUGACAAUGCGCCACCGUUAGGGUACUCUCAGCAGAAUGACAGGUGUAAUCAUUCAGUGAGUCUUAGGACUUUUGAGGACAUUCCUCUUGAAAACAGUGCUGUCAUGAAGGGCCAUAUGGACAGUGGGAUGGGCUUGUCAGGGCAGGUCAUGAAAGGCCUGGAUCAUCCGGGGCAGCGGACACCUGCCUUCAGCCCCAUUCUGCGCUGUAAAAGUAAGGAAUCCCUGGCCUCCGAAUCGUCCAAUCAGACGAGCGGCUACCAGUCAGGCUACCACUCAGAUGACACGGAUACCCCUGUUUAUGCUAAUGAGGAGAUGAUCCUGAAGAGAGAUAUUCUAAGCAGACCACCACUACCCAAAAGAGAUGACAAAUAUAACAUGGAGGUCCGCUAUAGCACACCUCCUGUUUAGCAUCAGAUAUCGUAGACUUCCAUCUUCUUGUAGUUUUCACUGUGUUACUGUACUGUAGUUCACACACUGCACUCUGUGUUAAACAUUUAACACCACAUGUCUCAACCAUAAAGAAAUGAUUUUUUUUUCCCUCCUGAAGUUUUUAGAAAAGGGCUACUUCCAUUUUAUAUCAAUUUCAAUCAUUCAUUUUAUUGUUUCUGCCUUACCUUUGUUUUAUUCUCAUCUUCUCAAAGACCCAACUCUAGAAACAAAGCAAAAGAUGGCAGUACCAAUUUGUAACCUCAUUUUUCAUUGUAUUCCCCCUCAAAAAAAAAAAAAGGUCUCUCUCGUACCACUUUUAUCAAAAUACAGUUUACUCAGACCUGGCAUGAUAUUAUCACCCAGAAUAUCGCAUUUAAUUUUAGGGCCCUGUGGUUUCGCGUGUCAGAUAAUUCUACAGUUGUAAAUGAGCCACUAACUGACUCAAAAAAUGAUGAAAACUAAGAUGACAUUUUUCCCCAUUGUUUUAGAAAUAGAUGUAUUGUAUUGUGUGGGAACAGAUAAGAUUUUUGACUGUUUUUGUAAAGGUCAAUUUUUGCAAGAAUUUUGAAAAUUUAAUCAUGUUUACACAGAGGCUGGGGAGCAAAGAGAAGCCUCUUUGCGAGGCCACUCCCACUUCCUUGGUAAUAACACGCCCACUUCCUGCAUCAAAGGAAAUAGCCGCUGGAAUGUAAGACAAUUGAGUGAGCAAAUGUUUUCUUUCUUUCUUUUUUCUUUUCUUUUUUUUUACUUUUUUUUCUGUCUUUAUCCUUGCAGUCUUGCAGUUGUCUUUCAUUGAGACAGUCUUUUUGAACUGGAUGAAAAUAAGGAUUUUUAAGCUUUCAA